GUUUACGAAGCCCACGAUUGGCUGAGCUAACAAAGCCGGUAGUUCAGUGCCGGUGGGACAAAAACAACACUCUCUUUCGGCAAAGCAGUAUGCAGACCUAAUCCUAGUCAAACCGAGAUCUCAAGCACGAAGUCCUCCAUAUUCACAAGGUCAGCCAUGAGACUCUACUUCCCUCUACUGGUCUGCCUGGCAGCAGCUCUGUCCACUGCUGCCAUUUCUUCACCACUCAAUUUAUGGACCAAACUGAUCUUGACACAACAGUGGCCCAACACCUUCUGUUCUGUGGAGCAUCAUUGCCAUCCCAACUUUAGUUACUGGACGCUUCAUGGACUGUGGCCUGAUAAAGGGAAUAACUGCAAUUCUUCGUGGCAUUUCAAUUCUUCUGAAAUAGAGGACCUGCUCCCAGACAUGAAGAAGAGUUGGCCAGACCUUCUCAACCCAUCUUCUGUUCAGUUCUGGAAGUACGAGUGGUCUAAACAUGGAACAUGUGCAGCUGAAGCAGCUUCACUGAAUAGUCAACAUAAAUACUUCAGCAAGGCCCUGGAAUUAUAUCAUAAGGUGGAUUUAAACAGCAUGCUAAUGAAGUUUAAUAUUACCCCCUCUGACAAAUACUACACAUUUUCAGAAAUUGAGGAAGGGAUGACAAAUUUCUAUGGCGUGAAACCUAAGAUCCAAUGUGUGCAUCCAUCAAAGAACUCUGAGCCCCAGGUCUUGGGACAGAUUGAGAUCUGUUUUGAUGCUGACUUCUCUCUGCUGGACUGUGAGAAACAUUUUACCAUCAGCACUUUUUCAAGAGGACCCUGGGACCAUCCCCUUGGUGUUACCAAACCAUCUGGACUCAGCGUGUGUUCCUAUGACAUACCAGUUUAUUACCCUCCUAUCCCUUAAGUGCAAACAUGCUCAAACUGAGGAGCUUUAGCACACUAAAUAUCUUCUUUUACCGUUUUCAUGCACAAAAUAAUACCAAUUAGGUUUUUGUUUGUUUGUUGUAAAUGCAUUGUAAUUUAGCGCUUACACUAAUAAAUAACCUAUUUCACUUGAAUACACAGCAAAUAAUGAAGCAUGCACACGGAAACUAAGAUGCUGUUCUACAUUAAGGUAUAACUAGUUUACAUUCCUGUUUUAAUAAAAACCCCUUUAUCCUCACAAUGUUUGUAAGGUGAUAGUAGGGUUGUUGAUAGACUUUAUUUGGUUAUCAAAAUUCAAGUUUGAGUCCAUGAUGACACUGAGGAUUUUUGCUUGCUGUGGGCUCUUUAGCCCCAUGAGGUCUAUCUAGUUCUGAUUACUAACCUUGCAUUUUUUGGACAAAAAAAACAAUUACUUUUGUCUUACUGCAUUAUACUGGGCGAAAUUUUAUUAUACCUCGUGUACAAUGAAACCAAUUUAGCAGCUGAUUUAGCAGGAAAUAAAAUAAGAUAUAUAAAAAAAGACAAGACAAGUCAUCAGCACAGAUACUGUGGAAGAUAUAGUACUUCUUAAUUUAAACAAGUGGGAUUAUACAAAUGUUGAAUAAAAGUAGCCUUAGAAUAUAGCCUUGAGUUACCCCACAUAUUGGGCACAUCUUUGUUUGUGCUGAUAUAUAAUUACCAAAUAACACAAAGUAGUUCUGCUCUGCAAACAAAAUCUUAACCUGUUUAGCACAAUAACAGACAAUCCUGCCCACUUUUCCCAACUGUAAGUCAGAAUGUUAUGAUCAGCUGUACUGAGCGCAGCACUUAGAUUUCCCCCCACACACAAGCACUUACACACACUCACCCACACACAUUGACAUGCUUUAAAUCUAACCAAAGAUUGUCAAACAUUUGUACUACAACAGUUUUGGUUUCUAUUGCAAAUAAUUGUUUGUGCUGCUGUCAUUUUAUAGAAAUUAAUAAGAGUUUACAGAUGCAAUCAAAGGUUAAAAAGCCUAAAAAAAUGCAAACAAUAAAAAUGAAUGAAACUAAGUAAUGUUUGGAAAAAAAGGUACAGAAAUAUGAAUAAAGUAAUUAAAAAUACAUUUCCAAAAAUUAUCAAAAAUAUAGAUUAAGGAAUAACACUAUUUUUUUUUUCAUCAGGGAAAUUUGCAUGUUUUUUCUUUUGGGGGAAGAGAAAAUGGCCUUUACUUUAAAACGCACAAUGCCUUACUUUGGGACUUGUUGAUGUCAUUCAUUUGACCGUUCUCAUUAUUGUAAUUGAGUGCCUUUUAGGUUUUUGCCAAGUAGAUGAAAUAAAUCCAUCGUUUUUCACUGCGUCCUGUAUACAGGGAAUGACUUAAGUUCUUUUUAUUUUAUGAGAAAUCCUAGAAAUGUUGAAUAAACAUGAACUGAUUCAUGCAUAAACAGGGAUUAUGAAUGAAUCUGUUACCUGUUGGCUCAGGCUAUUUUUAUAUGUAGCAAAGUGAUUGCUUGUUAAUUAAUCUUUGCUGUUAUGUCAAAUGUUCUAAAUCAGCAGUUGCACAGAGCUGUAAGUUGUUAAUAUAAAUAAACAUAUCUUGUUGAUUCUCUA